CUCUAGCAGAUAGUGAUUUGUGUUAUUGAAGUUCUACUGUACAUCAUUACAUUUUUGGCAUUGUGUCAAAAUUAUUGUGGCAGGCAGAGCAGGCAAAAUUUGGGCAAGAAUAAUUACACAAUAGCGAUGACCGAUAACCUGGACUAUAUCAUUAUGGACAGUCCAUUCCUCCAGAAGAUCAUCUCGUCGGUUAAUGCCUUUCUGGAGAGCAUUAGGUUGCAUCCAAAGAAAAUUCCAGUGGAUGACUGCAUCGUGGUGCUGCAUCCAUCAGCGCAUUCUUUUGUGCGUUCACAUAGCUCACUGUACUGCUUAGCUGGAUGCCAUUACCAUUUCGUGAGGCUGGCCGGGAUUAGCGGAGCAUCGGCCAUCUUUAUGGGUGCCUAUUGCAAGUAUAUACUGCGGGAUUUAGAUAAUGUCAGGGAGCAACUGGACUCGCAGGCAUAUGCCGAUGUUGCCAAUCGCAUCCAUUUUUUGCACUCCUUCGCCCUGAUGGCCAUGCCCCUGGCCCACUAUCCCAUCUUUAGCGGAACCCUAAUGAUCACGGGCACCCUAUUCUUCAGUGGUUCCAUGUACUAUCGCGCCUUGACGGGCGAGAAUUGGAUGCAGCCAUAUGCCACCAUCGGAGGAUUCUGUCUGAUGGCCGCCUGGCUAUCCUUGGUCCUGUAGGACUUGCAGCAAUGGAAUCUACGUGUGUAUACCUUGUCCAGGGUUAGCUGGUGACAUGCCAAGACGAAUCUCGUAUCUCUAGCCACGCUGGCAGUGGUAUAUAGUAAAUAUAGUCGGUCUUAAAAGUGAACUCUAGACGGCUUUGGCAGCUGACGG